AUGGCCGGCCUUCGCAUCGUCUUUACGCCUCUACUAAUAGCAGUACUCGGUACGGGAAUUGUUCGCUCGCAGAGUCUAAUUUUCGACGAAGAGUUUCAGACGCUCAACCUGAGUCGCUGGCAGCAUGAGAUAACGCUGGGCGGCGGCGGGAACUGGGAGUUCGAGCUGUACUCCAACAACCGAACAAACAGCUACGUCCGCGACGGGGUCCUCUACAUCCAGCCGACGUUUCUCGCGGACGAUAUCGGCGACGCGAACGUCAAGAGCGGAUACAUGAUGGACUUAUGGGGCUCCGUACCCGGGGACUACUGCACUAGCAACAAGUUCUACGGCUGUACGAGGACCUCGGGGGUCGGAGGAAACUACCUGAACCCUAUCAAGUCCGCGAAACUCCGCACCGUUCAGAGCUUCUCGUUCAAGUACGGCCGCGUCGAGAUUCGCGCCAAACUUCCGCGCGGCGACUGGCUCUGGCCGGCGUUCUGGUUGCUUCCCCGCGAGAACCAGUACGGAGACUGGCCGGCGAGCGGAGAAAUCGACAUAAUGGAGUCGCGCGGGAACCCGCCGUCCUACCAACCGGGCGGCUACGACACGUUCGGGUCGACUUUGCACUGGGGCCCUGCGUGGAACGAAGACAUGUGGUCCAAGACGCACGCCGAGAAGAAAGGAGUCGAUCUGACUGCAGAUUUCCACACCUACGGCCUCGUAUGGAACUCCACGUACAUCGGUACCUAUCUCGAUUCGCCCGACAACAAAGUCCUGGAUUUCAGCAUAUUCGAGUCGUUCUGGACGCUGGGAAGCUGGCCAUCCCCUCCGUGGACAAAUCCAUGGGCCAACGGAAAUAACGGCGCACCGUUCGAUCGCGAUCAUCAAUCUUGCCGCGGGUGGAAUGAACGGCUAUUUCCCCGACGGGUUCGGGAAGCCCUGGUCGGACAGCGACCCGCACGCCGUCAACGCGUUCUGGGACUCGGAGGCUCAGUGGAACUCGACGUGGACUCAGCCACUCGCCGUCGAGUCUGUCAAAGUUUGGAAUAA